CUGAGGGCGGGAACCGGCGUCUCGCUCUCUCCAUCCUUCUUCAUUUUAGAAAAAACGCUGUGGACACAGCAGCUGUUUACCCCGGAACAACAGGGUUUCCCCUCCGGAUUUGUACCCAGAGGCCUGGCGUCUCUCUGAAUCCUAGGAUUUAGGGAGAAGAGUGGCGCGAGGGGCCCCGGAACAAUUCCUUCGCGGAACCAUUGAAGCAAGGGCUCUGGGAAUCGAGGUCUCUGUAAGGAUCAGACCCCGGAGGACGGACCAAACGGGCAGGAAUGGCGGCAGACGCUCCCGACGCGGGGUUGGGGAACGCUGUCCCCGUGGAUCUGCGACGGGAGCGGCGCAUGGUGUGCGUGGAAUACCCGGGCAUGGUGCACGACGUGGGCAAGAUGUUGCUGACUCUGGGCGACGAGGAAGGCGUCUCUCGGACCUACGCAGACCCUGCCAAAAGGUUGGAGCUGCACUUCCGGCCCAAGGACCCGUACUGUCAUCCAGUGUGUGCCAACCGCUUCAGUACCAGUAGCCUGCUGUUCCGGAUCAAGAAGAAGACAAGGCGGUGGAGUGGGCUGCUGGACACCGAGCCACACGUCGAGGUCACAUUCAGUGUGGAGAGCCUUGGCAUCGUCCCCACCAUUUACAAAUUUCAGGGAAUGUCUGACUUCCAGUACUUGGCCGUGCACACAGAGGCGAGCGGCAGGCACGUGUCUAUGUACGACAAGCUGGUCAUGCUGCAGCCCGAGAAGGAGGAGUUCUUCAACCAGGAGGUGCCGCUCUACAUCCCCCCACCCAUCUUCUCCCGGCUGGACACUCCGGUGGACUACCACUACCGCCCCGUGACACAGCACCGGGAAGGCUACAACCACCCGCCCGUCUCAGGAGAGAAUCUGAUUGGCCUGAGCAGGGCCCGGCGCCCCCACAAUGCCAUCUUCGUGAACUUUGACGAAGAUGAGGUGCCCGUGCAGCCGCUGGAGGCCGCAGUGCGGACAUGGAAGAAAGUCUGCACUAACCCUGUGGACCAGAAGGUGGAGGAGGAGCUGAGGAAGCUGUUUGAUGUCCGUCCCAUCUGGUCCCGGAACGCCGUCAGGGCCAACGUGAGCAUCCACCCCGACAAGCUCAAGCUCCUGCUGCCCUCUGUGGCUUAUUACAUGAUAACAGGCCCCUGGAGAAGUCUGUGGAUUCGAUACGGCUAUGACCCCCGGAAAGACCCAAGCGCCAAGAUUUACCAGGUCCUUGACUUCCGAAUCCGUUGUGGGAUGAAGUAUGGUUACGCCCCCACUGACUUGCCCGUCAAGGCCAAGCGUAGCACCUACAACUACAGCCUCCCCAUCACCAUCAAAAAACCACCCUCCCAGCUGGUCGGCAUACAUGACUUGAAGCAUGGCCUGGGCCCCUCGGGGAUGGCAGGUGCCCAGAGGUCAGUCCCCAGCAAGUACCAGCUCAAGGACUCCGUCUACAUCUUCCAAGAGGGGGCCCUGCCACCCUACCGACAGAUGUUCUACCAGCUCUGUGAUCUGCACGUGGAAGAGCUGCAGAACAUCAUCCAUCGCAAUGAUGGGGUGGAGGCCGUGUGCACCGAGCGUGACGGCUGGUGCCUGCCCAAGACCAGCAAUGACCUGCGCAACGCUAUGUCCACCAUGAUCCGGCAGGCCAUCCGCUCCACGAGGCCUGGUGAGCACGGCGCGUCCCAGCCAGUUCCACAGCCGCGUCCAGGCUCCCCAGGAGGUGUUCAGCCUGCCUGGGGCCACCAGGAAGCCUGGGUUGGGCCUCACACUGCCGUGUCCCCUGGCUCAGCUCUCUUCUCCAGCCCAGCCAAGGCUGAUGGUGGGAAAGAGCAGCUGUCCUCUGAGUCUGGGGAAGAGGAGGAAGAGGAGGAGGAGGAGGAAGACUUCAAGCCCUCAGACGGGAGUGAGAACGAGAUGGAGACAGAGAUUCUAGACUACGUGUGAUGGGGCCCUGGACCCCGGGCCCCCGGCCCCCAUGGCCAGCAAAGACUGCUGUCCAGCAUCAUGAGGCAGCCAGGGCAAGCUAUGUCUGCCCAGUGCCCCCUCCAGGUGCCAGGAUGGCCCAGGAGGCCCUCUGAGACAAGGAUACAGCUGGCCCUGGGCCGGCCCUUGCUGUGACUGGAUAUUUGGAGCAUCCCAGAGGUCAUGCCUUGGCCCUGUGCCCCUGUGGACCCACCCAGCGCCCAGCAAGCUGCUCUGGCGCCCAGCGGCGUGAGGAGCCUGUCCUCAGCCUUCGGCCCCAUCUGUUCGGACUCACCCUGAUUAAAUUGCUUUCCUGAGGA